GUGGUUUUUCAAUCCCGUGGAAAUGCCUGAUGUGUACUCCCAGCCUUUUCUCUGCUACAUACGUGAAGUGAAUUGGGUCUGUUUCCUACAUUGAGACUUAUAAAAGUUGCUUCAGCUUUCUGAAUGCUUUUUCAUUGCCUGGUUCAAGGAGGCUGAAAGGAGGAAGAAAAAAAAUCAGAAGGAAAGAAUCUGAAAAAAUUAAGUUUGCGUUCAGGAUUCCAUCUGAGUGGCACAGUAACAGAGCCUGCCACAACAACAGAACCAGAAAUGACCUACAAAGUAGCCAUCAGCUUUGACCGGUGUAAAAUAACUUCUGUGACAUGUGGUUGUGGGAACAAAGACAUUUUUUAUUGUGCUCAUGUUGUGGCACUCUCGCUGUACAGAAUUCGCAAGCCUGAUCAGGUCAAACUCCGUCUUCCUAUCUCAGAGACCCUUUUCCAAAUGAACAGGGACCAGCUCCAAAAGUUUGUUCAGUAUUUGAUCACAGCCCAUCAUACAGAAGUACUUCCAACAGCCCAGAAGCUGGCUGAUGAAAUCUUGUCCUUCAACUCAGAAAUCAAUCAAGUGCACGGUGCACCAGAUCCCACUGCAGGGGCCAGCAUUGAUGAUGAGAAUUGCUGGCAUUUGGAUGAAGAACAGGUUCGAGAACAGGUGAAGCUGUUCCUCUCCCAAGGAGGGUACUAUGGUUCUGGGAAACAACUCAAUUCCAUGUUUGCUAAGGUCCGGGAAAUGCUGCGCAUGAGAGAUUCCAAUGGAGCUAGGAUGCUGACACUGAUCACAGAACAGUUUAUGGCAGACCCACGACUUGCUCUUUGGAGACAGCAAGGGACAGGCAUGACAGACAAAUGCCGACAGCUCUGGGAUGAGCUGGGGGCCUUGUGGGUGUGUGUCGUGCUGAAUCCACACUGUACUCUAGAGGAGAAGGCAUGCUGGCUGCGACAGCUCCAGAAAUGGGGGGAUAUGGAUGUUUGCCCAUUGGAGGAUGGGAAUUAUGGCAACGAACUUCCCAACAUCACUAGCGCUCUUACUCAGAGCUCCAGUCACCGGCAAAGCUCUUUAGUGAGGCCAAGACGUACAGUGUUCACUCGUGCCAUUGAAGGCUGUGACCUGCAUUGGCAGGAUAGCCACCUCCAGCGGAUAAUCAGCAGCGACUUCUAUAUCUCUCCAUCUUACCAAAGGGAAGGUGAGGGCCUUCUCUUCAACUCACAAGGACAGCCAUUGUGGCUGGAACAUGUCCCUACAGCUUGUGCCCGUGUUGAUGCCCUUCGUUCCCAUGGAUACCCCAAGGAAGCACUUCGUCUAACUGUGGCUAUAAUCAAUACCUUAAGACUGCAGCAGCAGAGACAGCUGGAGAUAUACAAACAUCAGAAGAAAGAACUGCUGCAGAGAGGAGCCACUACGAUCACGAAUCUGGAAAGCUGGGUGGGGCAUCCUCUCAACCCCAUUGGCUGCUUAUUUCUCACUUUGACAGAAGCAUGUCGAGUAGAGGAUGAAAACUGCCUUGAAAUUUCAGAUGCUGGUGACUCCAAACCACCCGUGUACCAGCAUGUGCCCGUGGCCAACAGUUGCCAUGAGAGUGGGGAGUCCUACUUGUCCUUGGCAUUGGAGGUGGCCCUGAUGGGGAUGGGGCAGCAACGGGUGAUGCCGGAGGGCCUUUAUGCACAAGACAAAGUGUGGCGGAAUGAAGAGCAGAUCAUUGCCCACCUGCAGGAGCUGGAGCUGGAUGCUGUGCUGGUGCAGACCCUACGCAAGCAGUGCAUCCUGCUGCUCGAAGGUGGCCCGUUCAGUGGCCUUGGCGAGGUGAUCCACCGGGAAAGUGUGCCCAUGCACACCUUUGCCAAGUAUCUGUUUUCUGCCUUGCUGCCCCAUGAUGCUGACCUGGCCUACAAGCUGGCACUGCGCUCAAUGAGGCUGCCUGUUCUGGAGACGACUCCCUCUGGUGAUGUUACGCACCCUCACCAUAUUGUUUCAGUGGUGCCUAGCAGGUACCCACGCUGGUUUACACUGGGACACUUGGAAUCACAACAGUGCGAACUUGCUUCCACUAUGCUGACAGCAGCCAAAGGUGACAUGCUGCGCUUACGGACUGUCCUUGAAGCCAUUCAGAAGAACAUACACUCUUCUUCCUUGAUCUUCAAACUGGCCCAGGAUGCCUUUAAGAUUGCAACACCUGCUGAUAACAGCUCUGAUACAACCCUGUUGAAUGUGGCACUAGAGCUGGGACUGCAGGUGAUGCGCAUGACCUUGUCGACCUUGAAUUGGAGACGGAGGGAGAUGGUGCGAUGGCUGGUGACCUGUGCAACCGAAGUGGGUGUCCGAGCUUUAGUCAGCAUCUUGCAGAGUUGGUACACACUCUUCACUCCAACUGAAGCUACUAGCAUAGUAGCAGCAACAGUGAUGUCCCACAACACUAUCUUGCGCCUCAGUCUGGACUAUCCACAGCGAGAAGAGCUGGCCAGUUGUGCCCGCACAUUGGCCCUGCAGUGUGCUAUGAAGGAUCCUCAGAACUGUGCCCUCUCAGCCUUGACCUUGUGUGAAAAGGACCACAUUGCCUUUGAGACUGCUUACCAAAUUGUGAUUGAUGCUGCUUCCACAGGCAUGACUUAUUCACAACUCUUUACCAUUGCACGGUACAUGGAGCACCGUGGGUAUCCCCUCCGAGCCUUCAAGCUAGCAUCGCUUGCCAUGACACACCUCAACCUCGCCUAUAGUCAGGACACCCACCCUGCUAUCAACGAUGUGCUUUGGGCAUGUGCACUCAGUCACUCUCUGGGCAAGAAUGAGCUCGCGGCCAUUAUUCCGCUGGUAGUGAAGAGCGUCCAUUGUGCCACAGUGCUGUCUGACAUCCUGCGACGCUGUACCAUGACUGCACCAGGCCUUGCUGGUAUUCCUGGCCGCAGGAACUCUGGGAAACUGAUGUCAACAGACAAAGCACCUUUGCGCCAGCUCUUAGAUGCUACAAUAAGCGCUUAUAUCAAUACCACACACUCCCGGCUCACCCACAUCAGCCCUCGGCAUUACGGGGAAUUUAUAGAAUUUCUCAGCAAAGCUCGGGAGACUUUCCUGCUGGCUCAGGACGGCCACAUACAAUUUGCUCAGUUCAUAGACAACCUCAAGCAGAUCUACAAGGGCAAGAAGAAACUCAUGUUGCUAGUGAGAGAGCGAUUUGGAUGAACUUCUGCACUAGAAAGAGGAAAGAAACCCUGAUCAUUGUUGGUGGGGUCAUGCUAGUUAGGCAAGACCUAACUGUAUUUCCCAUUUGGAGAGAUUUCCCAGAUUCUUCAAGGAACAAAAAAAACAACAACAGCACAACAGGAAGGGUUUUGUUUCCCACCCACAACUCACUCGCAAACACUUUGGCAAUACCAAAAGCUAACCAGGAAGUUGAAUACCUCUUUUCCAAAGGGCAUGGUGGAUGGAGGCUGAAAAGCAAAGUGGCACAAAGGAGGCAUAGAAGUGUGUCCGUCAGCCUCUGGAAUUGCCACUUGUGUUGCCAGCUGGUGGCCUUGAGAGAUGUGCAUCCUGCCAAGACUGGCAAAAAUGUCACCAUGUUUUCGUGCACGUGGAGAUCCUUAAUUAAGAACCUAAAGUUAACUGUUCUCAGGGAUUGCUUUACUAAAAGUAACAGAAGCAUUUAUGAAACUGUAAAUACAAUAGUAUACAUGUCAAUUAUUAAAUUGUAAAGUUCUAAUUAUUUAUAAUUAUUCUUAUUUUGUUUGGGGGAUACUUGAAAUUGUGUUGUGGGCUUUCUUUCAUGCAUUCUUGUUAAAACAUUUCUGAACAUGAGAAACAUGAACAUUUCUCAGGUUUUCCCCAGCACUGUUGGUAAAGGUGGACUGGGUUAUCUGACAAGCAGAGAAGAAUUCAGAGUUUAUGCAGAAUUGCCAUACUGCGAUGGCCUUGGAAAAGAAGAGACUAAGGUGACAACGGGAAAGCCAGACAUACCUCAACGUUUCAAGGUCAUCUGGGUGAGGAUUUGGCCCUCUGGGCCUCGACCCUAACACUCUCCCUGUGUCAGCUGGCUUUUGUACUGUGGUUCCCAGUAUGGAAUACAAAGGCCCAGGAAGCCAGGUAACCUGGCUGUAAAACAGUUGGGUCCAUAGCUUAAAUAAUCUAUUUUUGACGCUUUUCCAUGGAUGGGUGCUUGCAAGUACUGCAUACCUCUGAAUAUGUAUGUGGGGAAGGUUUUCUCUGUUUUCUUUCAGCUGGUGGGGAGUAGGAAUCCCAUGUUUUUCUUCUUUGCCUAUGUGUGUCUUUGUUUUCAUUGCCAUUUAUAAAUGGUUGCAGCAAAGGCUGGUGCCCUCUUGAGGACAGUUUCCCAUCACACGUCUUCCUGCUCCAACUCUUACCACUGUUUAGCAUUCUUCUUAAUUUUUAUCUUGUUCCAGUGAAUCACAGGGGAGCAAGACAGGGCUUCCUUAUUCCAGUUGUCUUUGUGUUCCCCUGUUCCAGUGUGUCCUAGUUUUAAAAGGGGCAGGGAGGGACUGGGGGUCUGGG